CCAGAUAAUAACUGUUUGAACAGAUGAUGAACCAGCUAAGAAGUCGGCAUUGAUAUUUCUCAAUCAACACAAUGAACAAGAUGGAUGUCCUCUGAUUUUUCUCAUAUGUGCGUGUGUGUGCAAUGUAUAUUUAUAAAGGUCGGCCAUGGCAGCCUUCACCCACAAGGAGGGGAAGAGAAGCAACGGAACCGGGCUGGCCGGCGUGGUGGAUUUUCUUCUGGCCAACGCAAGGGUGGUUCUGGGCAUCAGCGGAGCCGCUGUGUUGGGACUGGCAACGCUUGUCGUGAAGCGGCUCAUCGACCGAGCCACGAGCCCGCCGGACAGCGAUUAUGACGGGAAGGCCAAACAAAAGUCCCUCGAGGAGAGCUGGCAGGAACUCGGCUUGAUCCAGACAGUGGCGAAACCUCCGCUCACGUUGAGGCAGGGCGAGCCUGAGGAGCUGCUGCUGUUACCGGCGGCGAGUGGGAUUGAGCCAGAGCCAGUGGACGUUGACCCGCCCUCGGAGACGCUUCCGGUGGAAUCGAAGACCUACUGGUGCCUCACGCUUCAAGAGAAGCUCCUUGCUUAUUACCAGGAUUGCGUGUCGGUCUCCAAGUCCCAAAAGAUCUUGGGGAAACAGCUGUCGGAGAAUAUCCGUGCCGAACUGCAGAACGUCCUGAAAAAUAAAUUCUCCGAGCUGCCUUUUGGCAACAUGUUCCUUAGUGGUUAUCUCUGCGACGGACUCAUCGGCAGAGGAAACGUGGAGGUGGACUUCAUGCUUCCGUUGGUCCUCGAGCCCGACCUUUGGGCCCCAAUCCCAGGGGAGCAGACGGUGGUGAACGACCCCCGCUUCUGGAUGAUCAAGCGGACCAGUCUGGAGUAUUUCCCGCGAGGGAGCAGCCCCUGGGAUAGGUUCAUUGUGGGUGGCUAUCUCUCUUCCAACGCCAUCGGCAACGCUCUUCGGAAGGUCUUGGAGACCUCCGUCAACUGGCCGGCCAUUGGGAGCGUGCUGGGAUGCCUGGUGAGACCCGUCAUGGCGCUGAAGGAGCUCAGACUUGAAGUUCAGCACGAGCAGAUCUCUCUGGACGUAACUCUCUGCCCAAUGACAGAAGCUGGGGAUAGAAUCCUUCUUGUCGCCUCCUGCGAAGAACCGGUGGAGAACCUCUGGCAGGAAAGCUUCUACGCCACGGGGGUCUCCCGACUGAAAGACCUGGACGCUGGAGAUUCCGGCGUCCGACAAUGUUGUCUUCAUCUCUUGAAGGCUAUCUCUGAGAUCCAUCCUUCCUGGCACAAGCUGACCGGCAGCCAUUUUAUUCAUGUCCUCCUACACCUGAGCGAAACGGAAUCCGAUUGGUCAGAGGCAGCCUUGGCCGACCGGUUCCAACAGGCCCUAGAAGAACUGCUUCAACGUUUGGAGGAGGGUUCUCUCCCUUGCUAUUUUGAUGGCCGGAUCAACCUCCUCCAGCACCUGAGCUUAGAGGAAAUUGACGAGGUCGGCUACAUGUUGUACACGGCUUUAGCGGAACCUGAUCUUUGGAACGGGCUGGGUUUAUGAACGGCUCAGAGGGAGGGGGGUCUGCACUUUGAAUCAUCUUUGGAGGCCGAAUGGCUUGGAAAGAUCUUCUUUCCGCCAGCGUGGUUCUUUGCACAUAAUGAAGAAAACAAAAUGGACUGUUGAAGAAAUAAACGUUUGCUGCUGGAGGAAGAAGGCCGGAAGUAAGAGAGCCUUCUCAGUGAGCCGUUUCUUGAACUGUUGAUUGAUUCUGUCUGAUUUUAUUCGGGUUGGGUCAGUGCAGGAGCUAAGACAGCAGGUCCUUUUUCAACUGCAACCCAGAAAUCCUACCUGGAGCUGAUACUUAAGUUUGUUUUCCUGAAUCCGUGUGGAUUCAGACAAUCCUUCCAAUCCGGAAGGUCAGCCCAUGCCUUGGGGUCACCCCAAAAUCGGAGAGGAUGAAUUCUUGCCGAGUUAGGACCCUGAAGCUAUCUCUGCACCAAAAUAGUUAGCAAUAGAUUUUAAGAGCGUGUGGCAAGAAAUCAGGCGCUCGGAGGGGCGUUGCCUGUCUGUCUUUGCUUGUAGCGGGCCGGCCUGUAGUCAGAGCAGAAGGAAUGCUUGUAGGAAUGCUAUUGGGGCAUUUAUUUGUCGUCUGCCAAUGAUACUUCACCAGUGGUCAGAAUAAGUGCCAAGGGGCUGGGUAGGGUAUUGUUCUUGGUCAAUUUUAGCAAGGUGAAUGAAAUGGGGCUGGUGGUCUCAGCCACACAUGAUUGUUCACCAAGAUCUGGAGUGGCAUAAAGUUUCUGUCAAAGAGCUUUUAAUCGUCAACAAAACUGAGAAUUGCCUUAUAUGAUUGUCCCUUCCUCUGCUUCUUUUUGCGUUAGACCCAUUGGCACAUAAACAGACUUCCAGCCCCCCUGAUAAAACUAUUUUGUAUUGUUGUGACUGGACGUGAUACAAGAUUUCAGACAGCUUGGAUGGAAGCUAAAGGCAUCCCCAAGUCCCUUUCGCUUGAUGUGUACACGUCAGGAUUUUGUUUUGCAGCCGGCGAUAUGUACCAUGCCGUUUGCAUUGGCAUAAAAUGAGAACUACAAGAGAAAAGACACACAAUACUGUUGCGUCUCUUUCUCCCUCCCCGUUUCCUCAGAAGUCUUGUUUGAGCAUCAAAUGCCACAAGCUCUCUAGAGGAAGUCUAGAUGCAAACACAGCGCACUUUGUGGCGAGUUGUCUCUGCUAUCGUGUUCCUGUGAAACGCCGCCUGGAGUCACUCGUAAUUUUUUUUUUGAAAAAAGUAGUCUGAAAAAAACGAUAAAACCAUGUCUGAGUAUCAAUUAGCUACACAAAAUUUUCUCUUAUGUGCAGUUUAGGGGGCAAACUUAAUGACAGAUCGAACAGGAAGUGCUUGAUAAAGCACUGCAAAAGAAAAGUGGUCAUAUGAAUUGCAUUUAUGGGAUAAUGGGACGUCUUUCUUUCUCUCUCCCCACGUGCCAAAUUUGUGUGCUACGAUCUAGUUCUUUGAAAAGUAGGUUUUGUGCUUAUUGGGGGGAAAAAUAGAACCUUCAAGGAAUUAUGGUGUGUGUCUCUUUUCUUGUCCUUUGUAAUUGGGGUCGGGGUGAAAUAUUAAAGGAAGAAAAAGUCUUCAAUCUUC